AUGGAUGUUGGUGAUCAAGAGAUGUACUUGGCUCUUCCUUCAUUUGUGGGCUUCAAAAAGAUUCAUGAGUUUAAUUUAUCCAUGCUACCUCGUCAAGCUUGGCGAUUGAUUAGUAAGAAGGAAUCGUUGGUGUUUAAGAUAUUUGAGGCUAGGUACUUUCUGAAUAGUUCAUUUCUUGAAGCUAAAUUGGGCAAUAAUCCUAGCUAUGUUGGGAGAAACAUUUUUGCUACUCCAGAUAUUAAGUGGAUGGGAGCUCAAAUUCGGAUUAGGGAUGGUGUUGAUAGAAAUAUUUGGUCGGACCUAUGGUUAUUACAAGGAGUUACAGGUCGAGUUUCUACUCUUGUUCAUGUUGGGUUAGAAAAUACAAAUGUGUGUCGACUGUUUAGAAUGGAAAGAAAACAAUGGGACAUUGAAGUUAUUUCAUAUAUAUUUGACAGUGUGGAUUGA